CACUAUCCCACAAUUCUAAUGUUUACGGCUAGUCGGUGAAAGAUGGCGGACAGCAGUGGCAGUAAUCCUCAAUCACCCGGGUUCACGGAGAAAUUAAAAUCGUGGCUCUGCUGGUCGUGGACGUACAUAUGUACGCUCUGGUUCGCCAUGGUCUUAACGAUGGUUUACGUGCUGAGGAGCCCGCUGAAGCUGCAGGAGACCGUCAACGCAGCAUCUGUGUUUUUAAACACUCUUACGCCGAAAUUCUAUGUUGCGUUGACUGGAACCUCGUCGCUCAUCUCGGGCCUCAUAUUGAUAUUUGAGUGGUGGUACUUCAGAAAGUAUGGCACGUCCUUCAUCGAGCAGGUGUCUGUCAGUCACUUGCGCCCCUUACUGGGAGGAGUGGAGAACAGCAGCUCUGCGGGCCUCUUCUCCUCAGUAAACGGCGAUACCGAGCCGAGAACCAACGUUGCAGAAUGUAAAGUGUGGAGAAACCCACUGAACCUAUUCAGAGGUGCCGAGUACAGCAGGUACACUUGGGUGACAGGAAAAGAGCCCCUGACAUACUACGACAUGAAUUUAUCAGCACAAGAUCAUCAGACCUUCUUCUUGGGAGACACUCAGCAACUUAGACCAGAGGACUCUGUAAUGCAAAAGGCCUGGAGGGAGAGGAACCCACAGGCACGUAUUCGAGCAGCUUACCAGGCAAUUGAGCUGAACCGCGAAUGCGCUGCAGCAUAUGUGCUUCUGGCCGAGGAGGAAGCCACAACCAUCACAGAGGCUGAACGGCUUUUCAAACAAGCGCUUAAAAAUGCCGGCAAAGACACCAAUCUUGUGGUCUACAUCAAGCGCAGACUGGCCAUGUGUGCUAGAAAACUGGGUCGCAUCAAAGAAGCUGUAAAGAUGAUGAGAGAUUUAAUGAAAGAAUUCCCCUUAUUGGGAAUGUUAAAUAUUCAUGAGAACCUUUUAGAAGCAUUAUUAGAGCUGCAGGCCUAUGCUGAUGUACAAGCAGUCCUCGCAAAAUAUGACGAUAUCAGCUUGCCAAAAUCAGCUACUAUAUGCUACACAUCUGCCUUACUGAAAGCCAGAGCAGUGUCAGAUAAGUUUUCACCUGAAGCAGCGUCUAGACGAGGUCUCAGCACAGCAGAGAUGAACGCAGUGGAGGCCAUACACAGAGCUGUGGAGUUCAACCCACACGUACCAAAGAUCGGACUUCAAAGUGCACAGCCUCUUCGCACCCAAACACACACGGUCUCAGACGAAGGGUAUUUACACACGUGUGCACCUCAGACGUGCUGUAUCAGACUACAAACAUUUCACGAGGUCUCAGUGUACCCGAAGAAGGAGCUUCCUUUCUUCAUCCUCUUCACAGCGGGCCUGUGCUCGUUCUGUGCCAUGUUGGCCAUGCUCACACACCAGUUUCCAGAGCUUAUGGGGGUCUUUGUCAAAGCUUUCUUCAGCACCCUCUUUGCACCACUGGGCUUUUUUGCAGACAAGAUGGAGAGUUUUAUGCCCUCCUGCCUGUGGCAUCAACUUGCAAACGUCUGACGUACACACACAACUCACACAUACUUGAACUUGAAAACACUACUGUACUUGUAACAUGUAAGGUGCCCGUUAGCCGCCUGUACUGACAAUAAAAACG